AUGAAUUUGACAACUGUUUCUUCUUUAUUAUUCUCGACAACUCAAGCCACUUUCACAACAACUCACUCACAAGCUAUUCAUGGAUUCGAUAGAACGAAAUGCAACGAAUUCACCGGAUAUUAUUGGAUGAUUCCCGUGUAUGAGCUGAAAUAUGGAUGGAAUGGAUUGCCCUUUCCCUCGCCGAUCAACGACUCGCAAAAAGUGGUGAUGGUCGCUUUGAUGUCUUUGGUAAUCUCCCGAUUUGAACUAUUU